AUGCGGAGCUCAGCCAAACCCUGGAGCCCGGUUGCCAAAACUGGGAGCCAUGGAACUGACCGUGUGCGGCCUCUCCCUGCAUCUACUUCCGGCAUGAAGAGUUCCAAAUCUUCAACCUCGUUGGCUUUUGAGUCUCGACUCAGCAAGCUGAAGAGGGCCAGUAGUGAAGACAUGCUCAACAAACCAGGAAGCACCACCACAUCAGGAGCUGUUCGCCUGAAAAAGACCAUGACAUCUGGAGCCAUUGCUGAGCUGGCUGAGAGCCGUGUGAGAAGCAAUCCAGGAGUGGCUACAACAACCAAACGGACGGGCAUUCCAGCUCCACGGGAACUUUCGGUAGCUGUCCCAAGAGAAAGAUCUGUGCCACGUGGUCCCACCAACCCCAGGAAAUCCGGGUCCAGUCCAACUUCUUCUAGCACACCUACCCCUACCAAACACCUGAGGACCACUUCCACAAAAACCAAGCAAGAUAAUGAAGGUUCAGAAAAGGCUGUGCUUGAGUCUCAUAUUCGGGAACUUUUGGCAGAAGCCAAAGCAAAAGAUAGUGAAAUAAGCCGGCUUCGAAGUGAACUAAAGAAAUGCAAAGAAAAGAGAGCCUUGAACACUGAUGGAGUUGAUGCUUUGGACCUGAGUGCAGAUGGAGUCCCCAUCUCACCAGACGACACAGAGCCUUUGAUAAGAGUGCUGGAGGAGAAGAACAAGAAUUUUCAGAAGGAGCUUGCUGAUCUAGAGGAAGAAAACCAGGCCUUGAAGGAGAAACUGGUUUACCUUGAGCACUCACCAAACUCAGAAGAAGGAGCAAGUCACACUAGCAGCUGCCCAACAUCUCUAACUCAAGAGUCAAGCUUCGGAAGUCGGACUGGGAAUCAGCUUGCAGGGGAAAUAGAUGAAUAUAAAAAAAACACCCAUGAAAAUGCAUUAAGAACAUCCGAUUCUUCAAGUAGUGAUGUUACCAAAGCUUCCUUGUCACCAGAUGCCUCCGAUUUUGAGCACAUUACAGCUGAUACCCCCUCUAGACCUGUAUCUGCCAACAGCAACCCCUUUAAGAGCUCGAAGUGUUCUACCACUGGGAGUUCCCCCAACAAUAUUAGUGAAUUGUCUCUGGCCUCCCUUACUGAGAAGAUACAAAAGAUGGAAGAGAAUCACCACAGCACAGCAGAAGAAUUGCAGGCGACUUUGCAAGAAUUAUCAGACCAGCAACAAAUGGUGCAGGAACUGACGGCUGAAAAUGAGAAACUGGCAGAUGAGAAGACUAUUUUGGAGACAUCCUUUCAUCAGCAUCGAGAGAGGGCCGAACAAUUAAGUCAAGAGAAUGAAAAGCUGAUAAAUCUUUUACAAGACCGAGUAAAGAAUGAAGAGCCCAAUGUCCAAGAAGGAAAAAUCCUUGAACUGGAACAGAAAUGCGCAGACAUUCUUGAUCAGGGCCGCUUUGAAAGAGAGAAGCUGCUCAUCAUUCAGCAGCAAUUGACCUGUAGUUUACGGAAGGUUGAGGAAGAAAACCAAGGAGCCUUAGAAAUGAUUAAACAUUUGAAGGAAGAAAAUGAAAAAUUGCAUGGGUUUCUAGAAUUGGAACGGCAUAAUACUAGUGUAAUGGCCAAAACUUUGGAAGAAUGUAGAGUUACCUUAGAAGGACUGACCAUUGAAAAUGUGUCUUUAAAGGCUCAAUUGGAAAGUGACGAGCAGAAAGCUACAGAGACCAGUUCCCCAGGGCGAACGGCAGAGAGCUGUGAAGUUCAAGAAAUGUUGAAAGUAGCACGUGCUGAGAGAGAUCACCUGGAACUGUCUUGCACUGAGCUCAAACAAGAAUUACUAAAAGCAAAUGGUGAAAUUAAACAUGUGUCAAGCCUCCUAGUCAAGGUGGAAAAGGAUUAUGCUUAUCUGAAGGAUAUAUGUGAUCGUCAAGCUGAACAGCUGAGCAGAACCAGUCUAAAGCUGCAGGAGAAAUCCUCAGAGAGUGACGCAGAGAUAAAAGACAUGAAGGAAACCAUAUUUGAAUUGGAAGAUCAAGUGGAACAGCACCGAGCGGUCAAGUUACAUAAUAAUCAAAUCAUUAACGAACUAGAAAGUAAUGUAUUGAAGCUGGAGGAACAGAAGUCAGACCUGGAGAGGCAGCUAAAGACUCUGACUAAGCAGAUAAAGGAGGAUACUGAGGAGUGGAGGAGGUUCCAGGCCGACCUGCAGACCGCCGUGGUGGUAGCCAACGACAUCAAGUGUGAGGCCCAGCAAGAGCUGCGCACUGUGAAGAGGAGGCUGCUGGAGGAAGAGGAGAAGAAUGUGAGGCUGCAAAAGGAGCUGGGCGACAGGCAGGACCACAGCAGACCUGUGAAUGAAGAGUCAGAGUCCUCUGAAGUGGAAGCAUCCGGCCGGUGGCAUGGUGUCUAUGUUAACAGAACCUCCCCCACACCGUCAGAGUCUGUAACCACUGUUAAGUCUCUUAUCAAGUCGUUUGACUUGGGACGUCCAGGUGGAGCUGGACAGAAUAUUUCUGUCCAUAAGACUCCUAGAAGUCCCCUGAGUGGAAUACCAGUGAGGACUGCUCCAGCCGCUGCUGUUUCUCCAAUGCAGAGGCAUUCAACUUAUAGAAGCUUGCGACCAGCCAGCCAGGGAGUAACUCAGCGCCUGGACCUGCCAGACCUCCCCCUUUCAGAUCUUCUAAAAGGAAGGGCUGAGGACCUGAAACCAGACUCUUACCUCCGGAAGAGUCCUUCACUUGAAUCACUGAGCAGACCCUCUUCGCUGGGCUUUGGGAAUGCAAGACUGCUGAGCUCUUCCGCCCGGGCGCUGAAACCACAAAGCAAACUCAGUGUGGAAAGAAGAGACCCUCUGACUGCCUUGGCCCGGGAAUAUGGUGGCUCCAAGCGCAAUGCUCUACUGAAGUGGUGCCAGAAGAAGACAGAAGGUUAUGCGAACAUUGAUAUCACCAAUUUCAGCAGCAGCUGGAGUGAUGGUUUGGCCUUCUGUGCACUCCUCCAUACCUACCUACCUGCUCACAUCCCGUACCAGGAGCUGAAUAGUCAGGAGAAAAAAAAGAAUCUCUUGUUGGCAUUUGAAGCAGCUGAAAGUGUAGGCAUCAAACCAAGCCUGGAGCUCAGUGAGAUGCUGUACACUGACCGGCCGGACUGGCAGAGCGUGAUGCAGUACGUAGCCCAGAUCUACAAAUACUUUGAGACGUGA